GAGCACAAGCUAAACAAGCAGAAGGGGUCAUGGCACGCUUAACGAAACGACGGCAAGCGGAUACGAAAGCUAUCCAGCAUCUUUGGGCAGCUAUAGAGAUCAUUCGGAAUCAGAAGCAAAUUGCGAACAUUGACCGUAUAACAAAGUACAUGUCUCGGGUUCACGGUAUGCAUCCCAAAGAGACCACACGUCAGCUUAGUUUAGCCGUGAAAGAUGGCCUUGUUGUGGAAACCUUGACUGUGGGAUGUAAGGGAUCAAAAGCUGGUAUUGAGCAAGAAGGAUACUGGCUGCCUGGAGAUGAGAUUGCCUACAGUAUGCAGCCUUUCUCCCGGACAACAGCAAAAAUCAAGGACUGGGAGACAGAAACUCAUGACUGGUAUUGUUUUGAAUGCCAUUUGCCUGGAGAGGUGUUGAUAUGUGACCUGUGUUUUCGGGUGUAUCAUUCCAAGUGUUUAUCUGAUGAGUUCAGGCUUAGAGACAGCAGUAGUCACUGGCAAUGCCCAGUUUGCAGGAGCAUUAAGAAGAAGAACACAAGCAAGCAAGAGAUGAGCACGUAUUUGCGCUUCAUUGUCUCCCGCAUGAAGGAACGAGCUAUCGAUCUAAACAAGAAAGGCAAGGACAAUAAACACCCCAUGUAUCGUCGGCUGGUGCACACGGCUGUUGAUGUUCCAACUAUUCAAGAGAAAGUAAAUGAAGGAAAGUACAGGAGUUAUGAGGAGUUCAAAGCAGAUGCCCAGCUUCUUCUACACAACACAAUUAUUUUUUAUGGAGCGGACAGUGAGCAAGCCGAUAUAGCCAGGAUGCUUUACAAAGAUACCUGCCACGAGCUGGAUGAGCUUCAGCUUUGCAAGAAUUGUUUCUAUUUAUCAAAUGCGCGUCCCGACAAUUGGUUCUGCUACCCUUGUAUACCCAAUCACGAGCUAGUUUGGGCUAAAAUGAAAGGGUUUGGAUUCUGGCCUGCCAAAGUCAUGCAAAAAGAGGACAAUCAGGUCGACGUUCGUUUUUUCGGCCACCACCACCAGAGGGCCUGGAUCCCUUCAGAAAACAUCCAGGACAUCACGGUGAACAUACAUCGGCUGCACGUGAAACGCAGCAUGGGCUGGAAGAAAGCAUGCGAUGAGCUGGAACUGCAUCAGCGCUUCCUUCGGGAUGGCAGAUUCUGGAAAUCAAAGAAUGAGGACAAAGGAGAGGAGGAAGCAGAGUCUAGCAUUUCUUCCACCAGCAACGAACAGCUGAAGGUUACUCAGGAACCAAGAGCAAAGAAAGGAAGACGUAAUCAAAGCGUGGAACCCAAAAAGGAAGUAAGGAACAGCAUGACUUUUGGUACACAUGUGCCUUUAAAUGAAGAGCCAGAGCCUGAAACUGAGGCUGUGAGUUCAAGCCAGGAGAUCCCUACGAUGCCUCAGCCCGUCGAAAAGGUUUCAGUCUCGACCCAGACCAAGAAGUUAAGUGCCUCGUCUCCAAAAAUGCUGCAUCGGAGCACCCAGACCAAUAACGACGGAGUAUGCCAGAACAUGUGCCACGACAAAUACACCAAAAUCUUCAGCGACUUCAAAGAAAGGAUCAAGGCUGAUCACAAGAGGGAGACCGAGAGGGUUGUGCGGGAAGCUCUCGAGAAGCUGCGCACAGACAUGGAAGAGGAAAAAAGGCAGGCAGUGAACAAAGCUGUCGCGAACAUGCAGACUGAAUGCGACCGAAAGACAAAGCAAGUCAAGGAGAAAUGUAAAGAGGAAUUUCUAGAGGAAAUUAAGAAGCUGGCUAGCCAGCACAAGCAGUUGAUUUCCCAGACCAAGAAGAAGCAGUGGUGCUACAACUGUGAGGAAGAGGCGAUGUACCACUGCUGCUGGAAUACUUCCUACUGUUCCAUCAAGUGCCAGCAGGAACACUGGCACGCCGAGCACAAGCGCACCUGCCGCAGGAAAAGAUGAACGCUUUUUCCUUCCCCCGUGAAGGAAUCACCCCGGUUUAUUGCUAUUCUCUGACGCAGACAGUCU